AUGGAGGUUGCAAUGGUGAGUGCGGAGAGCUCAGGGUGCAACAGUCACAUGCCUUAUGGUUACGCGGCCCAGGCUAGGGCACGGGAGCGGGAGAGGCUUGCUCACUCGAGGGCAGCUGCGGCAGCCGCCGUGGCAGCUGCCACAGCUGCUGUGGAGGGCAGUGGGGGUUCUGGAGGGAGCUCCCACCACCACCACCAGUCGCGUGGGGCCUGCACCUCCCAUGACCCUCAGGGCAGCCGGGGUAGUCGGAGGAGGAGGCGCCAGCGGCCUGAGAAGAGGAGAGUCCACCACCGCCAGAGCAGCUUUCCUCAUUGCUCCGACCUGAUGCCCAGUGGCUCUGAGGAGAAGAUUCUGAGGGAACUGAGUGAGGAAGAGGAAGAGGAGGAGGAGGAGGAGGAGGAGGAGGAAGAGGAAGGAAGGUUUUACUAUAGUGAGGAUGACCAUGGUGAUGAAUGUUCCUACACGGACCUGCUGCCCCAGGAUGACGGGGGCGGCGGUGGCUAUAGUUCAGUCCGCUACAGUGACUGUUGUGAACGUGUGGUGAUAAAUGUGUCGGGCCUGCGCUUUGAGACCCAGAUGAAGACUCUGGCCCAGUUUCCAGAGACUUUGUUGGGAGACCCUGAGAAGAGGACUCAGUACUUUGACCCUUUGCGUAAUGAGUAUUUUUUUGACAGAAACAGGCCUAGCUUUGAUGCCAUCUUAUAUUAUUACCAAUCAGGAGGCCGCCUCAAGAGGCCAGUCAAUGUCCCCUUUGAUAUCUUCACUGAGGAGGUGAAGUUCUAUCAGUUGGGAGAGGAGGCCCUGCUCAAGUUUCGGGAGGACGAGGGCUUUGUGAGAGAAGAGGAGGACAGGGCCUUGCCAGAGAAUGAAUUUAAAAAGCAGAUUUGGCUUCUGUUUGAGUAUCCGGAGAGUUCCAGUCCAGCAAGGGGCAUAGCCAUCGUCUCGGUCCUGGUCAUCUUAAUCUCCAUUGUCAUUUUCUGCUUGGAAACUUUACCUGAGUUUAGGGACGACAGGGAUCUCAUCAUGGCACUGAGUGCAGGCGGGCACAGUGGGUUGUUGAAUGACACCUCGGCACCCCACCUAGAGAACUCAGGGCACACCAUCUUCAACGACCCCUUCUUCAUCGUGGAGACAGUCUGUAUUGUUUGGUUUUCCUUCGAGUUUGUGGUUCGCUGCUUUGCUUGUCCCAGCCAAGCACUCUUCUUCAAAAACAUCAUGAACAUCAUUGACAUUGUAUCCAUUUUGCCUUACUUCAUCACCCUGGGCACUGAUCUGGCCCAGCAGCAGGGGGGUGGCAACGGUCAGCAGCAGCAGGCCAUGUCCUUUGCUAUCCUCAGGAUCAUCCGUCUGGUCCGAGUAUUCCGGAUCUUCAAACUCUCCAGGCAUUCCAAAGGCCUGCAGAUCCUGGGCCACACCCUCAGAGCCAGCAUGCGGGAGCUGGGACUUCUGAUCUUCUUCCUCUUCAUUGGGGUCAUCCUGUUUUCCAGUGCUGUGUAUUUCGCAGAGGCAGAUGAACCUACCACCCAUUUCCAAAGCAUCCCAGAUGCGUUUUGGUGGGCCGUGGUGACCAUGACAACUGUGGGCUAUGGGGACAUGAAGCCCAUCACUGUGGGGGGCAAGAUCGUGGGGUCCCUGUGUGCCAUUGCAGGUGUCUUAACCAUUGCUUUGCCAGUGCCAGUGAUUGUCUCUAACUUUAACUAUUUCUACCACAGAGAGACUGAGAAUGAGGAACAGACACAGCUGACACAGAACGCAGUCAGUUGCCCAUACCUCCCUUCUAAUUUGCUGAAGAAAUUCCGGAGCUCUACUUCUUCUUCCCUGGGGGACAAGUCAGAGUAUCUAGAGAUGGAAGAAGGAGUUAAGGAAUCUCUCUGUGCAAAGGAGGAGAAGUGUCAGGGAAAGGGGGACGACAGUGAGACAGAUAAAAACAACUGUUCUAAUGCGAAGGCUGUGGAGACUGAUGUGUGA